UUGACAGCUGGAGCAGACGGAGCAUCACAGCAGCUGGAGACACAUCUGGACCAGAACUGAGCGCGGAGCAGCCGGACGGACCGGGACGGACCGACCGAGACCGAGACCGGGCGGACGGACCGGAGGACCAACCGGAGGACCAACCGGAGGACCAACCAGCAGGUGUCUCUCCGCCUCCCCGCAUCCUCUCCUCCAGGCCGGCGGCGGCUCCGGGGCCGGGCCGCCGGGGCUCCAUGGGGGACAGCAUGGCGGAGGAGACCCGGGUUAUCUACCAUCUGGACGACCAGGAGACCCCCUACCUGGUCCGGAUUAACGUGCCCGCGCAGCGCGUCACCCUGGCCGACUUCAAGCAGGUCGUGAACAAACCGAACGUGAAAUUCUUCUUCAAGUCGGUGGACGACGACUUCGGGGUGGUUAAAGAGGAGAUCAGUGAUGAUGAUGCCAGGCUGCCUAUUGUGAACGGACGAGUCGUUUGUUGGCUCGUGUCGUCAGACUGUCAGCCAGAUUUCAGGGGCUCAGAUAUCCAGUCUAUAGCUACGCCCACCUGUUUGGCCCCGCCCCCCAUAGAGAGGACAGGUGGGAUCGGAGACUCCAGACCUCCAUCCUUCCAUGCUGCUGCCGUCGGCCAUGACGACCUGCAGGGGUCAGAGGUCAAACCUGCCGUUUCACCUGGAGAGAGACAGAGGAGAGACGGGGGCGAGAGAGGUGGACGUCUGAAUGGACACGCCCACCAACCAACUGAUAAGAAAGGGGCGGGGCCAAAAAGUGGAGGUGACAGCUCAUCGACCCAACAGAGCAGUGAGUUGGAGACGACGAGUUUCUGUUCAUCUGAGGAAGACUCAGGAGGAAGGUUCAGCCAAUCAACAGAGCAGAGCAGUUCCUUGCCACGACUCAUCAGGCGACAACGCCGCCGCCACCGGAAACCAAAAACGCCACGGAUGGAGAGGUCUGUGUCUUUCAGCAGUGUCACUGACUCCACCAUGUCGCUCAACAUCAUCACUGUAACCCUCAACAUGGAGAGGUAUAACUUCUUGGGCAUCAGUAUCGUGGGUCAGAGUAACGACCGAGGUGAUGGAGGGAUUUAUAUCGGCUCCAUCAUGAAGGGAGGAGCUGUGGCGGCGGACGGACGCAUCGAGCCGGGAGACAUGCUGCUGCAGGUGAAUGACAUCAACUUUGAGAACAUGAGUAACGACGACGCUGUUCGAGUCCUGAGAGAGAUCGUCCACCAGCCAGGUCCAGUGACAUUGACGGUGGCGAAGUGUUGGGAUCCGAACCCGCGAGGCUGUUUCACGCUGCCCAGAAGUGAGCCGGUGCGUCCCAUCGACCCAGCUGCCUGGGUGUCCCACACCGCCGCCAUGACGGGGAGUCUCCUCCCACAUUACGGCAUGCACGAAGAAAACCAUCUGACCAUCCACAGCGACAUGACGGUGAUUGUCAAGGCGAUGGCCAAUCCGGAGUCGGGCCUGGAGGUCCGGGACAGGAUGUGGCUGAAGAUCACCAUCCCCAAUGCCUUCAUUGGUUCAGACGUGGUCAACUGGCUGCACCGAAACGUCGAAGGUUUCACCGACCGUCGCGAAGCUCGCAAGUACGCCGGGAACCUGCUGAAGGCCGGAUUCAUCCGACACACCGUCAACAAGGUCACCUUCUCCGAGCAGUGCUACUACGUGUUCGGAGACCUCUGUGGAGAUAUGGGUGGCCUGACUCUGCUGGACCAAGAGGGAGGCUCCAGUCGAGCAGGAGGAUCCGACUGUGACCCCCCAGCUCCGGCCUUCCCUCACCAGUACCCCAUCCCUCACCCCUACAGCUCGCCUCACCCUCUGCACCAGCUCCCAGCCUGGGGUGGAGGAGGAGGAAGUCAACACAGUGAAGGAAGUCGCAGCAGUGGAUCGAACUCUAGUGACGAUCAGAAGCAGGAAGUAGGAGGAGCCAAAGGCAGUGAGUCAGAUCCUCCCAAACUGGAAGCGAGUGCGUCACCUGACCAACAGCCGGCUGCCGAAUCCCCUGGCAACAGCAGCGACCAGCGAUCCCCUGCCUCCUUCUCCAGUCUCCAAGGUAACAACGAUGUCCCGCCUCCACCUCGAGGUCCACACCACGAGCUCGCCACCUCGCGGCAGUCCUUCCGCUUGGCCAUGGGAAACCCCAGCGACUUCUUCGUGGACGUCAUGUGACCUCAUGGGGACGGUGAUUUCGGACAUUUUUCAAGAUUAGACUGAAAACUGUGAACUCAAUCAGGGACACUUCUAUUUAUUUGAUUUUAAAUUUUAUUUAUUUAAACCAGACAAGACAGUUUAUAGCUGAUCGAUAUCGGCCAAAACCUAAGACCAAUGCUUUGUUUACAUUCACUGUAGCACAGGUGUGACUGAUGUACUUCAUAAGUGGAACUAUAUUCACAAAUAACCCACUGAUGACUCAUUUAUAGUGCUGGCAAAGCUGCAGAUACACGAUAAAGGCAACAAUUAAAGCUGCUACAAGGGGUCCUCGGUUUACAACUUCAUCGACCUAUAGCGUUGCGUCAUCGCGUCGGAACUAGUUACUGGAACUAGUUGACGAUCAGAGUGGACGAAUAGGUCGUCACGUGGCACUAUAAGACGGCUUUGUUUACAUUCUCUGGUUGUAGGCCACCUUGGAUUGUGCUACAUUCACCAACUUUUUGUCCUUCAUUAUGGCUCCUAAGCGUGAGAAGGACUCAUCUGAUGCUUCAAAGAAAAGGAAAGCCGUCUCCAUGGAAGUGAAGUUAGAUCUAAUAAAACGCUCAGAACAGUGCGAAACACCGACAAACAUCGGUCAAGUUGUAAAAACAGGUCAACAUAUUGUAGCGACCCUCUGUGAUGAAUGAGUGAGACUUUAUCUGGUUCUCUGCUGGUUUAUCGAACCUUCACACAGGCUACUGUGGGCCGUAGCCAACGCCAAAAUAACUACAAAAACCCUGUAACUUAGCUCCAGAAUUAGCCUCCGUUCCCAGCUCUCUCUACUGCUGACUCUCAGCCAAUCAGAGGUGAGCUAGCUAAACAUGACACGUUCACUGACAUUAGGUAAAUCUGGAACUGAACAAUAAACAUUGAAACCUCAACAUCAGCAACAAUAUCAGUCCAUUACAUUAUUGUGUUAUCUUCUCGUAAAAUGAUUUAUACAUGCAUGAAAGUUGUUGGUAUUCACGACUUUGCCGAAGAACUGAUUGAUAUCGUGAUGCACGUAAUGACUUUGGUUACAUUUUCGUCGGAGUUCCAACUUACGGCGAAAAUCGGCCUCUGAUCGAAUUCUGACGUAAGUUGAGGACCCCCUGUAUACAUGUCACUGGGAUGUAGGAGUUAUACCCUAAUGGAUCCAGGUUUUAAUUAAUACAUGUGUGCUGGCUGGAGGUCAUUAAGCCACACUAAAGACUUUGUCAUGGUGCCCCUUUAUUCACUAAACCACCAUGAUGCUUUAAAAAGGAUCUACAGCUGAUCCACAGAACUUGAAGUAUGUAUUAUCCAAGAAAACGGAAUCAAAUUGGGAAAAAUCAAGUGUCUCGGAUCAUUUCGGAUGCAAAAAACAACUUUGGAUGUCCCCGAGUUAAACUAUCACACCUGAACCUGGUGUCCAAUCAGAGAAUCACUACUGAAUCCCUGAUUGAAUCUUUUUAGGGAGUCCCUUUUUUGUUGGGGAAAUGAAGAUUUUACAGUUUCUUUUCACUCAGAAUCAAACUGAACCAGGACACUGUGCUGCUUCACCACACGGACGAUGCUUUGGAGUCUUGUAGCAGCUCCGGACGAGAUGGAUUUCACUUUAUUUGUGCAGAGAUUUGAGAUUCCUGCAUGAGUGUGAAGGUUUUGCUGUGACUCCUGAGAACAUGAUGAUGUUUACUGUGUCGUGAAAAAGUGACAAACCAAAGUAUCCUGAUGGAUGCAGAAGCUUCAGGUCACCCGAUGCUGAGGACAUGUGGACAAACCUGCAAGAAAACACAAGAAACAUGAGUUUACUGAGAUUAGAAUCGAACAGUGUGACCAGUUUACACUCUCACUGAUCUUUAACAUCAUCUUCAAACUACCAGAAAUAAAAACAAAUGUAACACAAACACAUAAAACUUCAUUUUCUGCUGCUCUCCAUCCUCCAGACCUCCGUGUUUACUGUUGUACAUUCAGGUGUGUUAAUAUGUGACACUGCUGAUUUUAUUUAUAGACAUUUUUAUUCUGUCUUCACCUUCUUAAAGUGGAAAAACACAAUAAAAAUCUCAAAUUAA